GCACCUUUUAGGGGACAUACCGAGCGAGAAUGGUCACGUACGCACGUCUUUGGACAAGCAGCCUCGGGCCAUUUUCUUUGACUUAUUUCUUAUAUGAGCUUGAUAAUAUAUCAUAGACAUUGAUACCAUAGACGUAGACUUUCUGCUACUCUUCUCUUCUUUCACUUCGUCUUUAGUCAUUUCUUCACCACCAAGAACCAUCAGCCAUCAGCAAUCAUGCCUUUUGCGACAGAACUCACCAAGCGACUCGGCAUUAGAGUGCCCGUCGUCCAAGGCGGUAUGAUGCACGUAGGCACCGCCGACCUCGCCUCAGCCGUCUCCAAUGCCGGCGGCUUGGGCAUCAUCACUGCCCUCAUCUUCCCCACGCCCGAAGACCUGCGCAAGGAGAUCCAACGCUGCCGUACCCUCACCAAGAACCCCUUCGGUGUCAAUAUCACCCUUCUUCCCGCCAUGGUGCCCCCGAACUACGCCGCCUACGCUCAGGCUAUCAUCGACGAGGGAAUCAAGGUCGUCGAGACGGCAGGAAACUCUCCCGGGCCUGUUAUUUCGCAGUUGAAGAAGGCCGGCAUCAUUGUUCUUCACAAGUGCACCACGAUUCGCCAUGCCCAGAGCGCCGUUAAGCUUGGCGUCGAUUUCCUCAGUAUCGACGGUUUUGAGUGCGGUGGACACGUUGGCGAGAGCGACAUUACAAACUUUAUCCUGCUCAGCAAGGCCCGCCAAACUCUCGGUGUUCCCUUCAUCGCCAGCGGUGGCUUCGCUGAUGGUUACGGACUCGCAGCCGCGCUAUGCCUCGGCGCUUCUGGAGUCAACAUGGGAACGCGAUUCAUGUGCACGGUCGAAGCUCCAGUGCACCAGAAGGUCAAGGAGGAGAUUGUGCGCGCGGACGAGACCGACACGACACUUCUCAUGCGCAGAUGGAGAAACACUACCCGACUCUUCAAGAACAAGGUUGCCCUGGAGGCUCUCGAGGUCGAGAAGAAGAGUGAGAAGGGCGAGUUUGCCGAGAUCGCGCCGUUUGUGAGCGGUAAGCGAGGAAAGGAGGUCUUUGUGAACGGCGAUACUGAAUACGGCGUUUGGACAACUGGCCAGGUUAUCGGCUUGAUUCAUGAUAUUCCUACAUGCGAUGCCCUUGUUCACAGAAUUGAGAAGGAGGCGGAGACAGCGUUGAAAGAGAGACUUGCGCUUCUGAUGCCUGAGUCAAAGUUAUAGAGCUAGAGGAUACUAGACUUGCGAGAUUUUGUUUAGAACUUGUAUAAAGAUAUGCUGUUUAUGUUUAUUGAAGAAAGAAUUGCAAGCGAUUUUAAAAACCGUGCCCUGUCUAUGAAUGAGUAUGCUCUGUCUAAUUCUAUACACCCAUGUCUUCGAAAUCCUAUGGUCUAUGAAACGCAUAGUCCAAACGGUGUCUCUUUUCCUCAUCUGAUAAUUCUAUUCGUUUUCGAGGUCGAGGCUGCUGAACGACGAGCUCUGGAACACCGCGAUUAUCGAGGGACCAUUCCUUCGUCUGGGUGAGGCUCACGCCCGUCUCAAUCAGCGAGAUUUUGCCCCCGGGUCUUCCCAUGCUCCAAUCUGUUGGAGUAGUUCGUUGGCUAUGGUUAUGCACCGUGUCCUCUGUGAGAUGGAGAUUCAUCUCGAGAAUGGCACCGCGAACGCCACAGUAUAUGGUAUCUGAAAGAUCGGACGACUUGGCCAGACAAUAGAUCCUGUCAUAUGUGGAACUGCCAAUAUGAAUGGUAGCGUCGGGACGCCAGUAGUUUCGUCUUGAAGCUCCAUGCCAGUAACACAACACCCCGUUUUGAGAAUCGCAUUUCUGCGGUUGAUGCUCUGGCGCCCAUCCUUGCUUCAUAAUGUGAUCAUCCUUCUGGCUGGGAAAGGGCCAUUGUGGCGAGCAUGGAAGAGCAGUUGUGUGAUGAUAUGGCUUUGGGUACCUGAAGUCAAAUAGACGGACAUCCGGUGCUGUGUUACUGCCGGAUACGAAACGCUCUGUACCAUACACAAGGAGAGAACUACCUGCUUGGUAGGGUUGAAAGCGAUCACGGUAUACUGCGUCUUGUGGUGAGGGUGUUCGGAUAUCUAGAAGUCUGAAUAAGGGGUUAACAGCCGACAAUAGGUCUGAUGAGAUAAACUUGCCUAUAUGUGCCAUCGUCCCAUGCACUCAAAAGGAGAUCUUCACUUCCCCCUCUAACAGGCUCGAUUGCUCGAACUGUGGUCUUCUCACUGACUCCCCCACUUACCAACCUCGAAGCAUCGUCUACGUACAUAGAGUUACUAUGAGCGUUGAAGAAUUGUAAGCCGGCCGGUGUGAGCUGCCCCCAACGUAGAGGAUUUCGAGUUCCGCCUAGAGCGCAAGCCAUGAUAUCUUUGCUCAUGAACUUGGUGCUGCGCAGGAGUGACGCUUCAUCUGCGGGACUGGCUUUGGAGAAUUCAUGGUAAUCCAAAGGGCUCAGUACUUGGUCAUCUGACACACUGAGAUUGUACAGAGUCAGAACCGAGCCUUUCCCGCUUGCCAGGAGAUUCGUCUCGGGAUGCCACUGUAGAGAUGAGACUGCCACUUGACCUGGGGAUUUCCUCAUAGGAUCGGAAGCGUGGUUUAGAAGUGCCUCGCCCGCUGGGCUCAAGUGUCUUGCGACUGUUGCAAACUCGUCCUUGCCACAGUGUAUGCUGAUGUCUCCAUUGGCCCUCCCGACAAUAACAUUGGGUAUACCGUCAUUCUCUGUGACAGACGUUGCUGUGACAUCUCCAGUCCCAGCCCGAUAUCCAUGAUCAUGGCCCCCGAUCUGAUGCCAGGUAUCUUGCUGUCCAUCAACAGGUUUUAUGCGAACCAUGAGAUUCUCGCCCACGCCGGCAGCAAUAACCUCAUUCUUCAGCGACGACAUAAGCCGCGCAUCGAGAACAGAAUGGAACAGCACUGACUGGCUUCCAGCAACUCGACGCUGGAAUCUCUCUGGCUGAUUCUUCUUUUCAUGCAACACAUUGACCCAGAAACCGCGCUUCUCCCAGCAGCGAUCCAGGUACGUUGCACGAUCUGCAAUAGAACUCCAGCGAGUCCCUGAGUCUGUAGCUAUAUGCAGGGAGGGGAACCGGGUCUUGACGAAGGUACGCCAGCCAUCUUGGCGUAUGAGACUCUGGAGAUGCUUCGUCAAGGCGGAAACGUGAGCUACGUCACGAGCUGUGUCGAGAUGCUCGACAAUAUCGAGAACAAUAUCAUCUGGAAGACUUGCCAGAGAUGUUCCAUCCAUCAUAGUUUCAUUUCGCCCGAGACUUUUUAUGUGGUUAUGAAGUGAUGCAGUUUUACCCUGAUCUGGCUUGUAGCAGUAUUUUCGGGUUUAUCGAGUUUUGAAGUUUGUCUUUAACUGAUAUAAACAGAUUGAGUGAUCUUGAUUCUGUUCUAGUUCGGUUUUAUAACAUGAAAGAUUUUGAAUGAGGAAGAGGAAAAAAAGC